AAUUUCUAUUACAUCACAAUGUUACGGGAUCCAGUGUCACGUUACCUGAGCGAGUGGAAACAUGUCCAGAGAGGGGCCACGUGGAAAACCUCUCUCCACAUGUGUGAUGGAAGAAGCCCCACCCCUGAUGAGCUGCCCACCUGCUACCCUGGGGAUGACUGGUCUGGGGUCAGCUUGCGGGAGUUUAUGGACUGCAGCUACAAUCUGGCUAACAACCGCCAGGUGCGCAUGCUGGCUGACCUCAGCCUGGUGGGCUGCUACAACUUGACUUUCAUGAACGAGAGCGAAAGAAACACUAUCCUGUUGCAGAGCGCAAAGAACAACCUGAAGAACAUGGCCUUCUUUGGGCUCACCGAAUUCCAGAGGAAGACACAGUUUCUCUUUGAGAGGACAUUCAACCUCAAGUUCAUCUCCCCCUUCACGCAGUUCAAUAUCACGCGGGCUUCCAACGUGGAGAUCAACGAGGGCGCCCGCCAGCGCAUUGAGGAGCUAAACUUCCUGGACGUGCAGCUUUACGAGUAUGCGAAAGACCUCUUUCAGCAGCGCUACCACCACACCAAACAGCUAGAGCAUCAGAGGGACCGCCAAAAGAGGCGGGAGGAGCGAAGGCUGCAGCGGGAGCACAGGGCCCACCGGUGGCCCAAAGAGGAUGGGGCCCCAGAAGGGACUGUCACGGAGGACUACAACAGCCAGGUGGUGAGAUGGUGACCCCCUGCCCUCUCCUCUCUCAGGAGGAGGAGGAAGAGGAGGAGCAGGCACAGUGACCUUCCGUCGCAUUACCUUGGAGAAGCUGGGUCGUUCUGAGGACAGCUGGCUGUAUUGCUUGAAUUGGACAUCUGCUUCCUCUUUGUCUUCAUUUUUGUCCAGCUGGAGAUAAUCUGUCUUGUUCUCUUUUUCUUCUUGACAUUUUUCAGUGAUAUUAAGUAGGGUAGGAAUGCAUUCAAUGUAGACCACUUUAGAAGGUCAAGGGGAGACACGCCAAAAAAGAAACAGUUCCUGCAAUUUUCUUUGCAGCAGCUAGGUUACAGUUUGGGUAACUGGAACCCAUAGAGACGCACAUGAAAAGCCAAACUGUGGCUUGGAUGUUCAAUUGAAACUGGUCUGUUUCAUACGAUUUCUGUUGUGAGAAUAUUGGUCUGUUUAAAGAGUGAGAAAGAGAAGAACUCUUCAGCCCUUAGAUGAGGUUUUAUGCCAACCUUCACUUGGCUGUUGGCUCUCAUUUUGAACUCUACUUGAAUGCGAUUUAAAUCAUAAGCAAUGUGUUUUGUUGUUGGAGUUGUUUUGAAACUAAGUUACCCUUCUCUUGACCAUUGCUAGAAACCCACAUCCUAUAAAUUCCCCAGCACUGUAACCCUAAACCAUGCUUUCCCCUCCAUCUUUUAGGGAAGAAGAAGUGGAUACAGGAUGGGGUGGUUGUGACCCCUGAGAAAUUAACAUUAAUAGGGGCAUUUAGGAGAAAACUUGCUUAUUUGCUAAUGCCUAGGGAGAUCAUACUUUAUCAAUUUUUAUUUUCAAUCUGAGAAAUGAAUGAUAAAAUAAGAGAAAAAAUGUCAGGAGGAUAAGUAUAUAUCUAACAUUUUGAAACUGGCUACAGAACUGUAGAUUGUAAAGGAAUAUUUUAGGGUUCAGCCUCUUUGGAGUAGUCAUCUCCUUUGAUAUGGUACUGCCAGGUCUUGAAAUUCUGCUGUCACAGAGGAAAAGAUGUUUUAAAAGAACUUGACCUGAGGAAUAGGAACUUAGCUGGCAUGUAUACAAAAUAUACCCAAAGUCACUAAAUGAAUAAUCACUCUGAUUGAGGCCAGGAGACAUGGAACACCAUUAAUGGCAGUUAUCCCCAGAGUUUAGGGAUAACCCCACCUCCCAACAUCUUGAAUAUCUUCAGUCUGAUAACAUUUUUUCUUCCCACGUGUUCUUUAGCUGUUGUUAGACUGUGGCUACAGGUUUAAAUCAGGCUAGAGUGUUUAAACCCAGACAAAAAAGGACUGUAUUGCUCAGUACUACUUAUUUCCACCUCUCCUGAUCACAACUAUAAUAACCAGAAGUUUACUUUGUAAUGAGAGGAGGAGCAUUUAUUAGGAGGAUCAGAGUGGGUGGAAAGUUUCAUGACAGAUUUGAUCUGGUCAAUCCCUUCAAGGAGCUGAAGUUAAAAUGAGUGAAACCCCUAAAUCAGAUUGAAAAGCCUAUUUCAUUGAUAUCCGACAUGUUUGAUGUUUAAGCCAGCUUUACGUAAGCCACUUCUCAGCCUCCAAAGUAUUCUCUCUGGGGUUGAGAGUCAAUCAACCCACAAGCAUUCAUGGAGCGCCUACCUGCAGAGAGGGGAGUUCAAUGUCUCCAUCAGAUAGAGAUCUGGAGGCAUUUCUCUCAGCGCCCUUGGCUUCAUCUGUGGUGCAAGUGAAAGCAUUCAUGGUGGCUCCCUUGUGACAGGAACUGAGAGAGGCCCUUUUCAUACCUGAAAUAUAUUCUGCACAACGAGAUGGAUAGAUAAGGAAAGUGAGCGCCACAGACAAUAAGUAGCUUUUUUCGCAGAUUGUAAACUAGCUGUAGUGGACUACAAAGGGCAAGUUCUUCUUACUCCAUCAUGUUGUCAAUAUGGGAUGAGGGCUCAUGCUGCCUAAAGCUUCCUGUCAAUCAUGCAGGAAACCAGUUGUUAUUUCCCAGAAGUGUUGUCUGUAACCCAUGUGGGUGGUACAACCGUGACAGCACCAAGCUAACAGUGACCCAGAGCAAUGCGGCCUUGGGUCACUCCAGUCCCCCCCUUCUACAUCACUGACCCAUCAAUGAGCAGAGAGAUUUAUGAUUUUUUAAGGCAGUUGUGCUCUUUGAGCCAUUUACAAGAGUGAGUUAAAAGGGGCCAAGUAAAUAUUGGUUGUUAGAUGGUAGAGAUUAGGCACACAAAAUGCUCAUCUCCCUUUCCUAUGAUUUGUUCCUACGGUAGGGAGGGAAGGAGGACUGCAACUGGAAUUAAUGAGCAGCUCUCUCUCUAUCUUCACAUUUCAUUGCUAGGAUCUAAGGUUCUGCCUAGAAUAGCAGCGCUGCAAAUUAUCCUUCUGCCUGCCGCUGCGAUACACACAUACACAUACUCAUGCACGUGCACACACACAAUAACAAUCCAGUGUUUUGUCACGGAGAAAAUCAAAACAAGUGAGAAAGCAUUCGGAUUGUUUCUUUAAAAUUCACUUUAUAUUUCUGGCAAGGAAUUCAGGCAUAGCUGAGACUUGGAGGCAACCCCUGCUAACUUCGCUCUGUUCCUUGAGCACCCCGGGAUUUAUAUCAAAGGCUUUCCACUGCCUUCCGCUGAAGGCGUGAUGUAUGGUGCUCCACUUGAGACCACGUAUCAGGAUGUUGAGAAGAGAAACCAGCUCUUUGUGUUGGCCCGAGGCCAGUGGUGAACAAAUUAAAAAGACUGACAUGGGCUUCCUCCCUCAUAUCAUUUCAUUCUAAAGCAGUAAGCUUGUCAUAUCCCUGGGGUCCUGUGUUGAUAGAAAUAGAGAGGUAGGGACACAGUUUGUUCUCCGAAAAUUGACUGCCCACCUACAUGCUGAGUGACACUCAGAAAGUGAUGCCAGCGGAAGGUCCUGAGGAUCCGUGGAAGUCGGCCGCCUGAAGUCCCAAACCAAAUCAAUUCCAGAUGCAUUCGUGUCAAAAGCUCAAGAAGAGGCAAAAAAAAAAAAAAAAAUCCCCAGGGUGUUCCACAUCAAUGGACCCCUACAAUUCCCAGGUAGACCUUCCUUCCUUUCUUUUGGCAAUGGCAACUCCAGUAACCAGAUUGGAAUGAGGUGUCUUUGUGUAUGUGUGCAUGCAUGUGUGUGUGUAAAUUUUAUCAAAGACUAAGAUACUAUCUAGUCUCGAUACUGUCUCCUUCUAGCUCUUUGGCAUCCUACUCUUGGAAACUGAAGAAAACUGCCCUGAGAGUUGUUUGGAUACUUAUAAUAAUAAUUAAUAACAUUAACAAUCAGAGUUAGACAAUAGUGAGGGAUAGCCUGCGUUUUAUGAAAGAUUACAAAGAUGUGUUUCUUCUCAUCUGAAGGAAGUAACUGUUUCAUAAAUAGUUUGAUCAAGAGUUUGAAAUAUGAGGACCUUUAAAGGAACUUUUUCAGGAGUCUAAAUGGAGAUGGUACUAAUAUGGGGAAGAAAGUCUCCAAAAUAAACCUAGCAAGGAGGUGAGACUAGGUCAUUAAAAAAUAAGCAUAUAUGUGUUGGGUAGGACUCUCAGUCAGCAGUUUUAACAGAGGCACGCAAAAGAAUAGAAGCCAUUUCUCUCUCACUUAAUGACAAACUGGUUUGAGCGCUCUGGUGUGUGACGUUACCAGAAGCCCAGGCCCUCUCUUGCUGCUCUUUCAUCCCAAUAUGCAACAUCCAUCUCAAGGACCAAAGGGGCUGCUCUAUAUCCUGGCACCUCACUUACAUCUAAGACAGUAGAGAGGAAGUGAUGGGCAGUUGUCCAUAUUGUUUCCGGUCACAUCUCACGGGCUAGAACCUAGACAUCAGCCACAUCUAGCUGCAAAGAAGGCUAGGAAAUGUCUUUAUUAUUGGUUGUCAUGUGCCUUGAUAACUGUGGGGGCUCUAUUAUUAGAGGAACAAUAUGAAAAUUGAUACUGAUUAAAAACUGUCAGUAUCCAGCAUGAAAGGGAAUCAAACAAUAUUUCAAGUACAUUUCAAUGUCACUUAUUUCAUCAUAUGUUUUGCAAAGGAUAAGAUUAGAAUUCAUAAUUUUGUAUAACAAUGGGUGGUUUUCAAAACAUUUUUACAUUUAGUAUCCUGUUUGAUUUUCAUGACAUUCGUACGUGUUAAAUAGGAUCUCUAUUCAUUAUUCCAUUUAAUAGUUUGGAAUGGAGAUUUAGAGAUAUUGAAAGAUUUCCCAAAGAUUCCAAUUUCUGAGCAAGAAAGUUGCUCAGAGCCCUAGUCUUUUGACUUCAUGGCUUUUCCUCCUACUUUAUGCUGCUCAGCAUCAGUAUUGGGAAUGGAAAUUCCAAGAAUAUUAAAUCUGAAAUCUAAAUCUUUAUUGAUUUAUGUUUCCCCUUGCCUUUUUUGGGAACUGUGAUGACUUAAAAAAUGCCAAAGACACUGGUCAAGUUGAUUCUCAGCUCUCUGCCUCCAGCGAGGGAUACUUCUUAUCUAGGAAUGAAAUAUUCACUAGAUGGGCACUGUUGCAGAGGAAAUGAAGAAGCACUCAAACUGAGGGGAGGCAUUCAAACACCUCUGCUUGGGUGUCCAACCUAUCUGAUCCAAAACCUAUUCAAGAUGAAGUCUGAGGGAAUGUGCUCAACAGUCCUUAGGGAAACUCAGUGUUAGAGAUACUUAGAAUCAGUAGCUGCCUGAUUAGUGAAGCUUACAGGUAAUCAAUAUAACCCCUGCUCAAGAACAAAAAAUAUCCCCUUCUCCUUUUUCCCCACAUCCCUGGUAUUUUAUCAGCAACAUAUUACUUUAGUUUAUUUGCUGGUAAACGAGCCUCUUUGCACACUCACUGGAAAGAGAGGAAAUGCUUUAGGUUGUCUUAAGCUAACAGCUUCACACAGGGAGUUUGUCUGAUUCCUAUCCAACCAUGACCUCUAACUGACAAGAAGGUCCUGUAUAAUGGGAUCAUUUAGGAUGAGAGGUGAGGGAGAGGAGGCGUAACCACAGAGGAAAGUGGGGCUUCUAAAAAGGAGGCAGUUCUUUCCAAGGUGUAAAGAUGGUGAGUUAAAUAUGCGCCAGACGAUACUGAAAAAUAGAAAAUGACUAAUCCACAGUUUCUGUCCUCAAGAACAAGGGCAGGCUGGAAAUAUGCAGACUGGUAUUCUUUUAGCCAUUUAAACAAAAUGAAUGAAUGAGGAUCUCGAGACAGGACCAGAGCAUUGGGAUGGUGUUAGGGACUCAAGGUUGAUUGAGUUGGUGGAGUUGGACCAAAGGGCAAGUCGGGUUGGACUUAGGCAAGAAUAUCCUGAUCUGAUCACAGAUGUGACUCGAAGGUUUUCCCUCUGUGUAGUUAUUGUGCCUCCACUGAUCACCGGAACUCCAACUGAAAGCUUCCAGGCCAGGUAUCAGGACUGGCUGAAUCUGAUGAUUCUAUCCAUUUUGUGUCAUCUGGGAAGCAUGCAAUUGUUCUUUCUCCAAGGCACUUUUCAAAGGCUUUUCUUCUUAUCCCCUCCCUCCAUCUCCACUGGACAUAAGCCAAUGUCUGCUCUUUUUCACCACAUUCACCUGGACCCAUGUGAACGAAUUCCCUGAAACAUUGAAACUUUGGGCAAGUGGGCGGGUUCUGAGACCUGUGUGUUUUGUAGCCCAGUGAAUGGAAUGCACAGGAGCCUAUUGCCACAGCACGUUGACAGAACCGACCUGCCUUGCAGAGGUGCAGAGAUUUCCAGAGGACUGGCCUAGCUUAAACACCAGCAACAUCUGCAAGACAAGAGCCCCUGGACUUCUAGGCAAGGACUUGAGGUAACAUAACAGUACUCCAGAUCCAAGAACACAGAUGCAUGGAUGUUUCUUGAGUCUGUGUUCUAAAGUCGAUGGAAAAGACACAACUGUCAUCCUUGAACACAUCAGUGGAACCUCUGUGAGCUACAUGUUCUACUGCAUGAUAGGAACUCGUCAAAGGGCCAGAUUGAUAUCUUGCCAGGAAAAACCGUAUUCUGAGAAGCAGAGUUUUGUGUAAUUUGGUUAUUGUCAAAUUUGUCUUCUGCCUCCUUGUCAUUUUUUAAAAAUCACAUGGUCAUCUUGUUUUUGUCUUUCCUCUUUUCAGAAGUGCGUUUGAGGUUUUGAAUGCAUUAUUUUUCUUUGAAUGUAUCAACUCAAUGUCGGAGAGAAAAAUCUGGACUUUUAUCUGGUGCCCCAUUUUAGAUAUAAAGAUAGUUAUUCAAUAGAUAGUAAAUUAUUUCUCCUAAGAGAUAUUUCCUUUUGUUUCUGUACAAUAAUAUGUAUGAACUCAGUUACUAGGAGAUUGUAUUGUGACAUUAUCAACCUUUAUUGCUAUUUAAAAAUGAUAGUUUGUAGAACCGAGGAUUUCCAUUGAUGUGAAGCACAAUUUAAUGAAUAAGUUAACAUAUUAAACUGUUGUGAUGUCAAGAA